AGGAACUGGGAGCAGAUCAUUGUGCAGUCGUGCAAAACAGUGUACAGAGACAGAGCAUGCAUGCCAGGAACGGACGCCAGGAACUGGGCGCGGCCAGAGCGCUGCCGGGUGAGCCAGUGAUUAAGGAGACUACUCUUCCUUUUAAUUUUUUUGAAUUGAGACAAGUCUUCUUUUGAAAGCUGACGUAGUGCAUUUACCUGGCGUGCGUGAACAUGGACAUGCGCGGUAAUUAAGGAGACUGGUCUGAAUUUAAACGGAGGAAAGACGUGAUUGAUCGACAGAGAAACUUCAUGGCAAAAGGAGCCGGUCCUUUCUUCAAGUAGGGGCAGGUUUAUGUACGCCCUGGCGGCACGCGACGAGCCAAAAAUUUAGGGACUGUCUAUUUGACAUUUGACUGUUUUUCAAUUUAAAAACAGUCAAAUGUCCUGCCCAAUCAGGACAUUACAGCUGUACUAGCAGGGAAAUCAAUAAAAAGGAAAAAAAACACCUAAACGGGUCGGGUAACCAUCUAACCCGGUUAGAUGGCAAAACAGGGACCACAACUAAACCAUCCCACCAAUUCAGGGACCACAAAACAGCCGAAGCUUGCAAACCACGCAAGAGGCCAGAACCCCCCUCCACAAAAAAGCCCUCCCUCCUCAAACACUAGACAGAUCUCACCUAACCAGAUCUGGGGACGACCAUGGGACUGGAAGAGGCGACCAUGACAGAUCAGGGAGGAGGAGAUCGCCCAGGAAGAGAAAAACGAAGAGGAAACACAAAAUUGGGAGAAGGGGAUGAACCUGCUGAUCACCAAGGAGAUGAACUACAUGAUCCACAGGAUAGGAGCAUAGCGAGGGCAGUGACUGAAGAUGAUCUAUUGAGAAUGUCACAGGAAGAACUCAUACUAAAUGAAGCUUUUUCUUUCACCGCACUACUUCAUUCCGACAUUAUAUACAAGGUACAUUCAGGAGAUGUCUCUACGAACAUUAAUGAAACUAUCUUCGAAAACACCAGGAGCAAAUCACAUGACAGUUUCAUUGCAACAUGAUAUGACAAUACACUGGAGGUAGACUUGCAUCAUGAAAUGGCAGCAAGUGCAGAUGACCGGAGAGAAUCCAAUCCCUGGGACAAUAACCUGUUCAACAACAUGAACCUGCAACAGUUGCAGGAGCCUGAAGAUGUUGAUCCUACUAGAGCAGAAGUUAACACGAACUCAAGCACAGACCGGGAUGAAGAAAGAGAUAGAGAGGAACAAAAAGACUCACUUGCACAAGAUGGAGACGCUGGAUACCUUGAUGAAGAAGACAUUGAGAAGUUCCUGCAAAAUGAACAAGAUGCAGCAUCAGAAGGGAAUCUCAUGAACACUAGUAGCAAUUUCAAGCCGCAUUUAGGCAUGCAAUUCAAAACAAAGGAAGAAGCACAGGAAUAUUUCAAUUUCUACUCAAAAGUGGCAGGCUUUUCAGUGGCUACAGUUGCAAUCUCAAGAACAACAAGCAAAAAAGGAACAAUGAGGUGACAAGGAUCACUAUGAAGUGCAACAAGUGGGGCAAGACAAAAGAAAUGGAGAAGGACUGCAUAGUGCCCAUGAGAAAAUCUACAGUCAUUGCUAAAACAGAUUGUAAAGUCGUGAUGGUCAUAUCAGAAAAAGGAGGGUUAUGGGAGAUUACAAGACAACAGCUAGAACACAACCAUGAAUUAACACCAAAUAGUAGAUUCUUCAGGUCUCAUAAGUACAUGUUAGAUGAAGAAAAGUGCUUGAUAAGGGUUUUGAAGCACACAAACCUGGAAACAAGAAGGAUAGUAGCUGUCCUAGCUUACUUGCGAGGAGGAAUGGCUCAUCUUCCCUACACAAAAAAGCAUAUCACUAACUAUGCAGCGACAGUAAACAGAGAUAUCGCAAUCUCUGACAUGAUGGAAGUAGUGCAAAUGUUCAACAAGAAGCAAGAAGAAAAUCCUGGAUUUUGCUACUUGUUUGAGCUUGAUGGAGAAAAUAAAGUGAGAAGCUUAUUCUGGACAGAUGUGCGGUCAAGAAUGAUGUAUGACAUUUGUGGUGAUUGCAUCAGUUUUAACACUACGUUCCUAACAAACAGAUACAACCUACCGUUUGCAUCCUUUGUGGGGAUAUCCCCACAUGGCAACACAUACUUGUUUGCUUGUGCAUUCAUCGUCAAUGAGACGAAAGAAACAUUUGCUUGGUUGUUUGAACAAUUCCUGAUGGCUAUGGGAGGAAAGCAUCCUAUAUCGAUCAUUACAGACCAGGACAAGGCAAUGCAAGCAGCAAUUGAAAAAGUCUUUCCUAAUGCUACCCAUAGGAGCUGCAUCUUCCACAUAAAGAAGAAGGCAAAGGAGAAAGUCGGGCCCUGCUUCCAAGCUAAUGAGGGACUCUACGAAGAUUUCCAGGACAUUGUGGACAACUCCUUAACGGUUGAAGAAUUUGAAACACACUGGCCAGAAAUGAUAGAAAAAUACAAAGUUCACCACAUCAAGUACUUCAAUGACAUGUGGGAAAAUAGGAAAAAGCUCAUACCAGUGUAUUUCAAGGACAAAUUCUUCCUAUUCAUACAAACUACAGCGAGAAGUGAAGGAACGAAUUCCCUUUUCAAAAAAGGGGUUGGAGCAAAAUUUAGUGCUACUAGCUUUUUGAGAGAGUAUGACCGGAUACUUGAUGUUGUGCAUGACAGGGAAGAAGAAUGCGACCAUGUUUGUAGAAACAAGAAAGUUGCACAGAAAGCAUUUUGGUCGAAAUACAGCAUAGAAAGGCAGGCACAUGAGCUAUACAACAUUGGAAUAUUCAGGAAAUUCCAGUUUAAAAUUUCAGACACAACAUGGCUGCAUGUCUUUGAGCAAGAAAAGGACAAAAACUACAUUGUGGCACAAGCCGAAAACUAUCCUAUAAAGGAACUUCGGAAAAGGUUGUACUUAGUGCAAGUUGGACUAAAAGAAGAAGAAUACUCUUGCAUCUGUUGUGCAUUCCAAAAAUAUGGCCUCAUGUGCUCGCACAUACUUCGAGUGAUGAUCCAUCUCAACAUUGAGAAGAUACCAGAAAAAUACAUCAUUGACAGAUGGAGGAAGAAUGACUACAAGCUUGAUAUUACAAAGGCACCAGCUGUUGCAGCUGAGAACUCCACACUAAGGUACAAUGUGUUAGCAAGGAAAUUGAUGCAUGUGGCAUCAAUAGCUUCGAAGAAGAAGAGGAAAUAUGAGUAUCUGUUGGGAGAAUUAGACAGGAUAAACAAAAGGUUACGGGAAAUGGAUGACGAAGAAGAAACAAUGGAUGAGGGGCAAAGUGCAACAACAAGAACAGUUACAUUCAUACCAACAGCAGGAGAGGGAGAAAGAUCAACAUCAUCAUUCACAAUUCAAGACCCAGAUGUAGCAAAGACAAAGGGGAGACCAAGGAUGCUGACUAUUCGUGAAGCAAUAAAGCAAAGCAAGUUCUACAAAUGUUCACACUGUGGAUCACAGAGACACACAGUAAAGAAUUGCACGAACCUUGACAAGGUGUACAACAAGCCUAAAGGCAAACAACCUAAGCAGUCAAACCCAAGGAAUGUCAAGAAAGGCGGAGAUAACAAAAGAAGUAGCCAGAGGGACAACGGCAAGAACACAACGACACAACACAACCCUGAAGCAGAACCCUCCGGAAGAAGUGAAGUAAACAAAUUGACCAUAACAUGAGGAAAUAAGAAAGACAAGAGGACAAGGUAGGAAAGAAAAGAUGAGUAGGAGGGAAAAAGUGAUAGGAAAAACUACUAGUGAACAAGGAAUGUACUAUGAUGGAAAGCAAUGUUUGCUACCUAUUUUCGAAUUCAUUGUUGGUCUAUGAUGGUUACCAGUGUUGCUACCUAAUUUCGAAAUCACUGUUUUACUAUGAU